AGUCGAGUCGCGUCCACGGCGGGAGGAGGACGUAUCCGCGUAACCGGGAAUCCGUUCUCGAACUCGCGUAUUUGUGGAAACUGUUUUCAUUGGUGUCAUUUGCAUACGUGAAGUGAAAUCUGAUUAAGUUACGGUGUGAUGUGAAUUUGUACUAUUUACUUGACUAAAUAAAUUGGAUUCGGUGAAUAAUUUGUGACUACCUAAUUUAUUAGUGCUCAUUACCAUUUUGGAUUUUUCUAUUUGCGGUGUGAUGCGCGCGCGCAUGUGAAGCGAUGGCGCGCGGGAGCGUGCUGCUCGUGCUAUGGGUGCUCGCCGUCGCCGCGGACAAACAUGACGAGCCAAGCUCUACUGAACCGGAACACAGCACAGUCGCUCCAACACCUCCUAUACCACUAAGGCCAGAAUACGCACAUCCAGCCGGUGUUGAAGCCCUUGAUCCAUACAAUUCAGAAAAGAACAAUGCUCCCCUACAUCACAGAGAUUAUUUAGAAGAAGAUUACGACCAUGAGUCUCAUAAAGAAGAUGAACACGAGAAUAGAGAUGACGCAGAUGAGUUGCCUUCUCUAUCAGGAGAUCAUCUCUUGCAGAGUUCUACAGAUGAUCUACCAAUGUUCUUGCUAGAACCGCAGCACGCGUAUGUAGUUCGUAAUAAGCCAGCAAUGCUGAGGUGUCGAGCAGCUAAUGCUUUGCAAGUGUACUUUAAAUGCAACGAUGUCCGUUCUGUUGGGAGCACACAAUUUGAAUUUGUGGAUCCUCAAAGCGGUGUGAGGAUAGUUGAGGCUGAAUGCAAUGUAACGAGGGAUCAUUUGGAGGAAUAUUUCGGUGAAGAUAGAUUUUCGUGUACAUGCCACGCGUGGAGUAGCCGAGGAGAUAUAAGAAGUCAGCCGGCUAUUGUUGAAUUAUCAUAUCUUAAGAAGCAGUUCGUGGUAUCGCCAUCACCGACAUCAGUAGAGGCAGGGUCGGCAGCAUCCCUCCGCUGUUCCCCUCCAGCCGCUGCUCCUCCUCCAAGAGUCUCCUGGCUGAAGCAUGGAGUACCGCUGCAGCAAGACCAUAAUGUGCUUAUAUCGGCGGAAGGGAAUCUGCUUAUAUCUAGAGCUACGUUACAGGACAUGGCGAACUACAGCUGUGUGGCUGAGAACAUUGCGGGGAAGAAGAUAUCGGAAUCUGCUACUUUAACCGUUUAUGUGAAUGGCGGAUGGAGUCAGUGGGGCCCAUGGACCCAGUGCCGGUGCAAUGGGCGCGUGGCGGGGCAGCGUCGCACCAGGACCUGCACGGAGCCCCAUCCCCUCAACGGAGGAGCACCCUGCCAGGGGCAGAGCGUCCAGAAGACCGCUGACUGCGUACUUUGUCAGAGUGCGUCUCCCGGCCGCUGGGCGGUGUGGACGGAGUGGUCGGUCUGCGGGUCAGACUGCAGGCAGACGCGGCGGCGCGCCUGCACGGGGGACGCGUGCUCUGGCGCGCAAGUGCAACACGCAGACUGCGUGGGGGACUACUGCGGGGUGCAUGGAGUUGCUGCUCACAGCGAUAUACCGCUAUACAUCGGGAUAGCGGUGGCAGUGGUGGUAUUCCUGGCGGGCGCUGCCGUGGUGUACAAGUUACUGCAGAGGAAGACCAGAGACCACUCCCUGUAUACUAUGACCAGAACGGAUUUUCAACCGGAGAUCUACCCGACUGUGGAGAAGCAGUCCCUAUCGCUGGCGCCAGACCUGAUGCAGCACCGUCCGCCAAGAUACGAGCACCCGCAGGCGGACCCGAGGACAGAGCACCAUUAUGAUGUUCCACAUCUCACUAACAGUUACGCGUCGCCGGUGGACCAUCAAGUGACUCCAUGCGCCUCGAGCAAGGGACAAAGCGACGAGUAUGACAGCAAGCCGUACACGGAGUCCGAGCACUCGGCCUCCAGUUGUUUUACCAGUUCCGGAUCGAUGUACGACGCAGCGAAUGAGUCAGUGACGCUCCAACUAGCGGAACUCGUUUCUAAUUCACCCAUUUCUCAAUCCUUAUCAGUAUCCGCUUCUGGAGCAAGACUCGCUUUACCAGCUGCCGGUGUUGCGCUGUCGAUACCAGAAGGGGCACUUGGUAGGGGACGCAGAGAACAGAUCUACGUCGCUGUUGUGAAAGACGAUAGAUAUAGAUCGAGAUUUGGAAAAGGUAUCACGCAACUCAGCCCAGUAGUUAAGUGCGGGCCUCCUCGUCUCCAGCUCAACAAGUCGGUCGUCCUUCAAAUACCUCACUGCGCCAGUCUCAAACACGGCUUCUGGAAUCUCGCCCUGUACGCCAUCGACCACAGCAAUUCCAAAACAGACGUCCAACCCCAAUGGAAGAAAAUAGUAAGUCUCGGCCAAGAAACCAUAAACACACCCGUCUUCACACAAUUGGAUACAGACAAAAUAUUCCUAGUAACAGACAUGCUAUCCACUUUCGUACUGGCGGGUGAAAGUUUUAAUGGAAAGGCAGUAAAGACACUACAAUUAGCGGUGUACGCACCUGCCUCAUUAAACGACUCAUGUACGGAGUACAGCAUACGGCUGUACGUUUUCGAGGAUACUCCGUGCGCGCCGUACUAUUGUCAAGAACAGGAGAAGAAGUUGGGCGGCGUGUUACUCGAGCGUCCGAAAACUUUGCUAUUCCAAGACGGUGGAUCCAACUUGUGUUUGAAUUUGGAACAUUUGAGUCCCGGCUGGAAAGCUAAACCAGGAAUCGGUUACCAAGAAAUCCCUUUCAACCACGUCUGGGGAUCCAACUACAAUGCUUUACAUUGCAGUUUCGUCUUAGAAAGGACGUACGAUUGCGAUAGCAUCGACUUCAGCAUCUCAGCGUGUCAGAGAACGAAUCCAUCUUACAAGCAGACGUUCCGAAUAUCUGUGGACGAUUUACGAAGCCGAUCGCCGCGAGGUCGAUCACCCCGCGAAUCGCAACGUAGUUUUAACAUUACAGAGAAUUUAUUGGAGGCGAGGAUGUGUAGGAGCGAGGACGGGAGCGAUGGGAGCGGUAAAAGGAACGUGACCGUUAACGAAACGGGAGUGAACGAGUGCGCUGAGAGCCCAUUUAAAUUAAGCGUUCGGUUGAAGAGGCAGCUAUGCGCCAUAUUGGAUCCGCCGAAUGCCCGCGGUAACGACUGGCGCGCUCUGGCUGCGAGGCUGGGAGUGGAUCGUUACACGACGUGGUUCGCCACAAAGAGCUCGCCUACGGAGGCCAUCUUGGAGUUGUGGGAAUGCCGAGAGCGCGGGCCCGGCGCCGUGGCCUCCUUAGCCGGCGCACUACGCCAAAUGGACAGGCACGAUGCGGCUGAAUUACUGCAGGGAAGACCCUCCUGGUUAUGAAUUCCUAAUCAGUACGACUCGAGUAAUCUACAUAAUACGUGAGUGUUGAAACACUGAAAAUAAUACAGUGCAUUUCUAAGCGACUGUUUGCUUAGACCGCCACGCAGGGCAGAGCACGAUCGCAUUUCAAACUGAGUUUUAAUGCAUUGGAAUAAGAUUGUGAAUUUACAUUUUAUAUCUUCGGGCGAUGAACGUGAAAAACGAAUCGUAUUUCAAUGCAUUAUUUAAAUGGAAUCUUUUGUCAUAAGAAUAAAUGAUAUAACGAGUAUCGUCAGAUGAGUUCAAGGUCAUUAUCAUAGCCAACAAUCUCACACUGGACUAAAAAGUAUCAGUCAGAUUUGGCUUUACAAAUAUGCUUUUAGAUACAAAUAACCCUGAAGGUGUCAUCAAAGAUUUUGAGGGGAUGUUUGGUAGGUGUUCAUGGUACUUGUGACUUACAAAUGGGUUUAUUAGAUGAUCAAUUCUACCCUUAAGUUAUUCUUAAAGCAAUGUGUCUAAACGAUUGUUGAUAAUAUGUGUAGUUUAAAUGUUGUUUAGAGCAAAACGAAAAAAAAAAUAGUUUCGUAGGCCGUCGGCCUAAUUUGUAAAAUCGUGGGUAUGUAGUUUAUUUUGUAUAGAGCCUAUAUAUAUUAUAUCUAUGCUGUAGAUAUGCGGGGAAAUAAAUUAUAUUGUAGUAGCAAUAAUAGUGCCUAACGUCUUAUAAAGAACGACACCAACGAUUUAUAGUUGGUAUACACGGUUGGUUAUUUUGUUAUUUUUUAUAAGUGUUUGAGUGUUCUACAUAUAACUAUAAACUAUAAUUAUUAUAGAGCUUGGUUCUUGUUUCUUUAGCUUACGAUGUAUUAUUUGUAUUGAUUUAUUAUGAUUUGAGUUGUUUUAUGCAAUAACCUUAUAUGAGAAUAUUGAAGUACCAACAAGAUUGAAGCCUUUUUUGUACGUACAUAAUAAUAAAAUUCAAGUUACUUAUCUACAUUGUGUUUCUCUGUGACUACAUGUAAUAUUUAUUUUUUAAUAGAUUUUACAAAACUUUGAAACUUAGGAUUUGGGAAGAUUUCAAAUAAAUUUCGCUCUUUGCAGAAAUGUUAAAUUAACAUUCGACUCGGUAUAGGUGUAACAAAAAAUAUUUAACUGCAAAAUAUAAAAUGUCAAAUUUAUUUAAAAUUAACCGAGUUAAUUUUCUUUUGAACACGGAAUACUGACAGACAGUUUUAACUAUUCAAAAGUGAUUUGAUGAUUUUGGAAUUUGGAAUUUGAUCAUAGAGAGGUUAUUGCAUAUAAGGACUUGUUUAAAUACAACGUGCCAAAUUGAUGAUGCCGCAGCAUUACUUUUGGCAAUAAUAUAAAAAAAUAAAAAUGCACUAUGCUGAGCUUAAAAUUAUAAGAUUCUAUGUAGUUUAGUAUGUUUGAUUUACUCUAUAACUAGAAAGACUUGUGUCCAAUGCAUUUAUUUAUAAAAUCAAUUAAACCUGUUUCCAUGUAGUGCCGAAUUUGAUAUUAUUUCAACCACCAUUGUUUUCGUAUUGACAGAAAAUUAUAAUAUUUUGUAUAACACAAGAUAAUUGUCUUAAUAAUAUAAAAAUGUUUUUAUAAAAUCAAAAAUAGCAAACGUAAAUGAAAAGAGGAUGUAGUCGAUGAUGAAAAUUAACUUUCAUUAUACGGAUUUUGAUGAAACUUUUACAUCAGAAUAACAACACAUUAAUAUAUUUAUAAGAACGGUGUCAUUACUAUUGAUAAUAACAAAAAAAAUAGUUUGAUUUGUACUAAAAAUGUCAUUACAAACAAUUAUUGUAUAACCGGUAAACAUGUUACUAGAUUAUAUUGUUUAGAUCGGCACUACUACAUGAAUCGACCUACACUUGCACUGCCAAUGUGUUUCAGUCAAAAUACCUAUUUACUUUAAACCAUUUACAUCUAAAUUGUAUUAAAUAAACCCUGGUACUCAUUGCGAUUGAGUUCUAGGUUUAUUUUUUUUUAUUAUUUUGACUUGUUUCUCGAACAUAAAAUUAAAAAAAAAUGUUUUUUCACUACAAGUCGUGCGCUUGUAGCAUGUUGCAAGUGAAAUUUGCCUGUAUGACGUUAUUAAUACUGUACUAUUAUCGUAAAUCACGGCAACUUUCAAGAGUGAAACGAACUAUCACCCGCACCAUGCUACAGCACAAACUAUAUUCCGAAAUACUUUAUAAAUCAAGAGUUAAGUUAAGUUUAUCGUAGUUGGCUGAAACGCAUUUUUACCUACGAAAUACUACUAACAUUUUUCUACUUAACGUCUGUAUAUAAAGAAGGCAUAGAUUGUAAAUACUUGUAUCGCAUUUAACACGUACUAUGAGAUGGGUUGCCAUGAAUUUUAAUUUUUAUUGGAUGGAAAUUUAAAUUGCGACGUCUUUAAGAAAAUCUCGGUAAAAAGCUUCAUCUCAACGCGCUGAGUCUGAGACUUAUUGUGUUAUUUUUUUUUUUUACUUAGCAAGUUUACGUAUUCCAAAAUCGUGGUAACCCUAAGCGAAGUGCAGACAAUCAAUAAAUAUUGCGGCGUUAAUGAUCACGUCAAUAAUUAUUGACGUUCAACGCGACGUUAUACACCUUUGUAGUAUCGAUAUAAGAAAUACGAUUACACUGUACAAUAUGUUACCAAAUGUAACGAAAAAUAUUAAACUUAUACAAUAUGGCUCCAAUACAAGUACUAUAAUUUUAAUAAUAAUUUUCUAUACGUUUGUACCGUUGACAUGAAAUUCAAGUGAUGUUACAAAAUAUGCUCGUAAUUUGGUUCAGAUUUGGUCCGAUACUGGCUACCCUUGCGCGAAACUAUAUCUAUGGUUAAAUGUAUAGUCAAUAACAAAUCUAUAUACUGAAAGUUUUAAAAAUAUUUAGGUUUAGCGUAUGCGGUUUUUGUAUUUUUCUACUGAACAAGUAACAAUAUUUUACCGCAAUAUUUAUUGAAUGUCUGCACUCCGCCGUACAUAAUAAUCAAGGCAACAAUGUUUUGUAUAUGGACAGAUGUCACCACUGUAGACUAUAUAUAUUUUUGUUAACGUGAUGACUAUUAAAAUAAAUGGAUCUGUGAUAAUUAAAAUAAUAUGAAAUAAAUUAUGUUUAACUGUGGA